UUAAAAGAUGCUGAUUGGUUCAUGUGGUAAAAAAAUGAAAAAUUCAGGAGAGUGGUGUCAAGCAUUGGGAAGGGGUUCUGGGAUGAGUUUUGAGAACCGUUCUGAUGGUUUGAGGUUGAUCCCUAACCCCUCCCUUUACGCACUUGAAACCAUGCUUUUUCAUAAUCAACCGAUGGAGCUGGUUCUCCUUCAAAUCCUGAGGCUGGCAUGGCUCGCUGCCACAUUACCCAUCAUCGUCGCUUCUAUUCCCACUCCCAAGCUCAGCUGCCUCCGUGCCACCUUGUUGGCUUUUGCUCGUAGAGGCAAAAUCAUGCACUCCUCCCAAAAAUUCACUAUUUCUCAGAGGUUCUUCUUGCACUUCUACAUUGUGGCUUUUAUAUGGACAACGUUGCUACUUCUUGGGACUUGGGCGUAUGCGUACAACAUGGUGCCACUUGUUGUGGAGCCGUUUUCUUACUCUACCAUCACUAGCUUCUUGACAGGUGGUUCUACUAUCAAAACUGAUACGUAUAAAUUGAGGCAGGGAUAUGUGGCUUGGCAAGCGGUUUUUCUGCUUUUGAUGAUGGAAGUUCAAGUCCUCAGACGACUUUAUGAGACUAGACACGUUUUUAACUAUAGUCCUUCUGCUCGUAUGCACGUCAUUGGUUAUCUCACUGGAUUGUUUUUCUACGUAGGAGCACCACUAUCGCUGUGUGGCGGUUGUGCAGUAGAGGUGUUUAACUUCCUAGCAAAUCUAGUGACCAAGUUCAUUGUCAAGGGCAAGAAUCAGAUGCAAGUAACAGAGUUAGAAUUCUGGCAAGUUGUAAAUCCUCUCUUCAAGCUUGGGUGGAAGCAUUGGAUUGGUGCUGCUGUUUUCUUAUGGGGUUGGAUUCAUCAACACCAGUGCCAUAAGAUUCUUGGUUCUCUACGACAUUCAAGACAGGCAGAUGAAUAUGUAAUUCCUCAUGGUGAUUGGUUUGAAAUCGUCUCCUCUCCUCAUUAUCUCUCUGAAAUUGUUAUAUACGCUAGUUUUGUGGUUGCUACUGGAGGAUCCAACCUAACAAUCUGGCUACUUUUUGUUUUUGUGGUGGCAAAUCUGGCAUUUGCAGCUGUGGAAACUCAUAGCUGGUAUCGUCAGAAAUUUGAAGAUUAUCCAAGUAGUCGGUUUGCUAUAAUUCCAUUUAUUCUGUGAGAUUGUGAAGCAAUGUGUAAUUACCACAAUUGAUCACCUCAAAGAACUUCAUUAUUUCUCAAGGUGUACUUGUUUAGAUUAAGCUUUUAUAGUUUAGAGAAUGUUAUACUUAAACUACCGAAUAAUUUUUGGUGUAAAAAUCCAAACAUUCAGAGCCAGUCUUGUAUUAUUCUUAGCCACCAAAAUAAACCCUAAAUAGUUAUUGAUCGCAUUCAAUAUGGAAA